ACGUGCAUCUCGUCGUAAACCUUGGCGAUCGAGUGGUCCUUUGGUGUACUGACCAAGAUUUGAGUGAGCUUCAAGGGAGUGUUAUCCUAACCUGGGAGAAAAGCCACAAGACCAUACCAGCAGAUGAUCCACGACUGAAUACGAUAGCAAAUGGCACUUUAGAACUCAACAAUGUACAAAGAGAGGACGGGGGGAUCUACCGUUGCACUGUCAAAGCGGGAGAGUUUCAAAGUAUAAACACCACGUACCUUUUCGUCAGAGACACUUACAAACAUCCCAACCCCACUUCCAAUAAGAUGUCUCCUCUACAAACACAGAUUGAGGCCAUGUUGAGUGGUAACCACUCCAUCGACGUAACCACGGUCAUUACACAAUUUGUCACCUUGACAAGGCCUGGAAACGAGCAAAGACUCAACGCAAAAGAACUGUCUAAAUCCGUGGACAUACUUGAACUACUGGUAACAUACAAUUCCCUGCAGAACAACGGGGCUUUUACCAAACCCGCUGACCGACGGAACAUCUUGGUGGCAGGGAGCAAUUUACUGGACGAAGAGAAUACUCAAACAUGGCUACAAUUACAAAGGAAUCACGAAAACGUCACCGAUGUUCUUUUAGAAACAAUGGAUGAGUUUGCCUCUCAAAUAAGCAGUCAGCUGGGCAGUUCAAUCAAUUCCACUUCAUUUGUCCUCUCAUCAAGAAACAUCGGCAUCAGAGUCGAUCGAGUUGACACAAUCCAAACGCUCGCCGUCGAUUUCUCUCAAUAUGGGGCAUCCGUCCUGUUUCCUGGUUCAGUGUUCGCCAAUAGUUCCACAAACAUAGUAGCAGUCGUUGCCUACAAUUCACUGCACAAUUUUUUCAGACUUGAAAGAGAGGCAUCCGAUAAUGAACAGGAAAAAAGGCCAGAGACCUCGAGAAUCAUUUCCGCUAAAAUCAUCCCUCGUCCAACGAGUCCUCUGAGAGUACCAUUCAAACUGGUUUUUGAUCACAACAACAAGGGCGGUGAUUUGAUUGGACAAUGCGUCUUCUGGGAGAUCGGCCAGUCGCACCGAACGUGGCAAACACGUGGAUGCGUGCGCGUGGAUCAUGAGUCAAACGCGCGUUCAACCACGUGUGAAUGUGACCACCUGACGAUUUUUUCAGUUUUGUUGAACAACGAGCCGAUAGAUGGCGGUGAGCAGCAUCAACCUUACUUAGGGUAUAUUUCCACAACAGGCUGCGCGUGCUCUCUGCUGUUUCUUCUGCUGACCUUUGCCGUGAUCAUAUUGUACUGGAAACGAGUAAAGAGCGCCCGCACUAUAAUUUUAUUGAACCUGUGUGUAGCUAUUGCUGCCUCCUGUCUUUUUAUCAUCCUAGCUGAUCACGCACGAAGGCCUAAGGUAUUAUGCACCAUCACGGCCACAUUUCUCCAUUACUUCCUGUUGUCUGUGUUUUCGUGGAUGCUGUGUCAUGGAGUUAUCUUGUACUUCCUAAUCAUAAAAGUGGAAACUCGAGAAACUCUUGAACCAAAGAUGAAAUGGCUCUACGCAUUAGGAUGGGGCUCCCCUCUAUCAAUAGUCGCUGUUUCUCUCAUAGUUACUGGUACUGAAGUUAACGCAGCGAAUAAUUGCUGGCUGACUACGAAGCAUGGAGUCAUUUAUUGGGCGUUUGCCGCUCCAGUCGCAACAGUUAUAACUAUCAAUUCAAUCUUGUUAAUUUUCUUGCUGCGCCAAAUAAACAGAGCUGCACAAUUUAAAGCCAGCAUGUCACGUGCCAGGCCAUGCGCCAAGCAGGUGAAGGCCUGGUUACGACGAACUGCAAUGCUGCUGCCAGUCCUGGGAGUCACGUGGUUAUUUGGCUUUUUGACGUUCAUUUCCUCUACAGUUGUGUUUCAUUAUCUGUUCACCAUCUUGAACUCACUUCAGGGAUUUUUCAUAUUCGUCACUUUUUGCAUUCUAGAUGAUGCAGUUAAGGAGACCUUAAUUGGUACAUUAUGUAAGCGGAACGCCGUGUCGUCUAAAGAACAGUCAACGUUGAACUCCAAGAACGCUGUGCGAAGCAUCUCUGUCACACGAAUUCAAACAGUUCAAAAUGCAAGAACUACAGCUGCAAAUCAACACGGAGGAACAUACAACUUUUCCAGCGAUACUGAGCAAUCGAAAGUAUCAGGACCAAAAAUGCAGACAUGGAUUGUAGCUGAUAUAAAAUGAGAUGACUGAUUCUGUGAGAGAGAAAUUUAAAGAGGCCCUGCUAUCAAGGUUGCCUAUGGCGUUACCCCGUCGUUUGAUCACGGCAGCCGUUUUAGUCUUAG